CAAUUUGCAGCUGCUAGCAGACGAAGUAUUUCUUAGCAGACGGAUGAUGGUCACUCAAGCAUUUGCUGUGUAUUUUUGGAGUGUUACCUCACAAUAUUGUCUGAAAUGGUUGUUGUUCCUACUCCUGAUUUGUCAUCAUUAAGUCUGGUAAAUAAGUUUUCUGAUGCUGAGAACAUGUCUCACUGGAUGCACUGUAAUGGAUGCUAUUGCCAACCAGAACCAGGGGUUGAAUUAAGAUUCUUUUUAACAAACUGCAGUCACAUUUAUUGUGAAAAAUGUGUCUCUGCAUGCACAAAAGAAAAAUGUAAAGUUUGUAGAUCACAAUGCAACACUUUACUACUUGGUGGAAAGAUACAGAAAGAAGUUGAAAACUUGUUUGCUGAUCCAAUUGAUCUGCACCAGAAAUUCACAAAGCAAUUUUAUCAAACUCUUGAAUUCCAAAAGAGUCACCAGAGAAGGCUUGUAAGACAGCUUAGAGAAAAGUUAAAAAUUCUGGGAUCUCAAAUAAAUGAAGUGAAAAAUGUUAUAGCUCAAGCACAAACUAUAGAGAGAGAAUCCAUGAAGUUAAAAUCUGAAAAUGAGUAUCUCAAACUUCUCUUAUCUAAACGGGAUUCUCACCCAAGAAGUAAAAGUGGUGCUUCUCCUGUAGCAUUUUCAGCCUCGCCCAAUAGAUCACCAUUUGGAAGCACACACAGUUUUGGUUCGAGUAAUUCAAGAAAUUAUGGAAUAUCAUCAAAUAUACUCAAUCAACCAGGCAGACUUCUAAUGAGGACACCACCCUCUGGUGGUCAUGCUGGUACUGUUGGAGGAAUGCACUUUACACCUACUGGAUUAGAUAGGAAGGGAUCUUCUAUAACACCCCUAUCUAUUCCAAGACCAAUUGUUUUCCCAAAAGAUGCUUGAACAAGACCAAUGUUACGUUUUUUAUACAACUGUCACCCUCUGAUGUGUUAUAUUAUAAAUAUGUUCUAACAGUUUAAUUAUCUCUUAUGUUUGUUGUUAUCUUUGCAAUGUACUUUAUUGAUAAAUGCUGCAUAUUAAGUUAUGCACAAAUGAUAAAAGCUAUUUCUGUGAUCUUAAAUCUUUUUCUCAUUGUGAAGUUAUUUAAUGUUAAACAACAUAAAGUUCUUCACUGAGAUAAAAGUGAAGUUUAGGCAUUUGGUUAAUUUAAAAUGUUCAACUUUUUCAAUUGUCAUAAACAUGAAUUGUAACAUAUUUUUUGUGUAUUAAAUGUUUUGUUAUUUCUGAAUUAAAUUAUAAAGUAAU